GCUGAUUCCAUCUAACCAAUAUGUAUUGCUCAGAUGACGCUUAAUUACUACUGAUUUUGCAGAUAAAUUUGAUGUUAUUUUCUACAUUUUCACUUGCUUCUUGAAGAUAUGGAGACUGGAGCAACAAUAGAAGAUCAAUUCUCGAAGCUACAUCCUUGUUUUCAAACGAACACAAGGAUUGGGAUUAUUGGGGCGGGUCCUAGUGGGUUAUCGGCUGCGUAUGCACUAUGCAAACUUGGUUACUCUAAUGUGACUGUUAUUGAGAAACUUGGGUGUGUAGGUGGCAUGUGUGAAUCCGUGGAUAUUGAAGGGAGGAUAUACGAUUUGGGAGGUCAAGUUCUAGCUGCGAAUAGUGCUCCAACCAUCUUCCACCUCGCCAAAGAAAUCGGAGCUGAAACAGAGGAAUUAGACACUCAUAAGUUCGCCGAUGAAGCUAACGCCACAGGCCGAAUCGGAGUGCACGCAGUCAGCGAUAUUGCUUCCGAACCAACUCCUUCGUUUCUCAAAUCUAACGGACUCGAUUCAGUUCCUGAAUCUGUUGCCUAUGGAUUCACGGCUUCAGGUUACGGAUUUGUGCAGGAUAUGCCCUACGCUUAUGUUCAUGAGUUCACAAGGACUUCAAUGGCGGGAAAGAUUAGGCGAUUUAAAGGCGGGUAUAUGAGCGUUUGGGAUAAGAUAAGUAAACAACUUCCCGUACAAAUUCAUUGCAAUACGCAAGUAUUAUCAGUCAAUCGUAAUGGUAACACCAUUAAAAUCAAAGCCAAAAUUGUCAAUGGUGAAACGCAACAUAUGGAAUUCGAUAAACUCAUUAUCUCUGGUUCGUUUCAUUUACACAGUGGAAAGACCUACAGAUCACCUUCAAAAACAACAGAAGAAACUGUGAAUGAGGUUAUGGAUCUAAGUGAUUUUGAGAAGGAAUUAUUUAAUAAAGUGGAGACUAUAGAUUACUACACUACUGUGUUGAAGAUACAUGGAUUGGAGCAUAUUGCAGCUGGGUUUUAUUACUUUAGGGAAUUUAUAGGGGAUCCUAACACAAUAGGAAAUCCUGUUGCGAUGCAAAGAUUCUACCCAGACAAGAACAUAUUCCUGUUUUGGUCAUAUGGUAAUUCAACCGAUAUUGUAGGCCAUAAAGUUACUCGGCUUGCAGUUGAUGCAGCCACAAGUAUUGGAGGGAAGGUUGAGAAAGUAAUCUUACAAAGAAGAUUCAAGUACUUCCCUCAUGUCAACAGUCAAGAAAUGAAGGAUGGGUUUUAUGAGAAACUGGAAAACCGACUCCAAGGUCAGAAGAACACUUUCUAUGUUGGAGGGCUAAUGGCAUUUGAGCUAACAGAAAGAAAUUCAUCCUACGCGUUUUCUCUGGUUAUGAAGCAUUUCACAAGUGACAAUCCAAUACCUAGAUUCCCAUACACCAAGAGAUUAUACACUAUGAAAUCAGACUAUCAUUCUUGGAUUGCCAAACAACUAGAUGAAGAACCAGGUGUAAAGUUUCCAGAUAUCUCAUCUAUCGGUGGCUAUUUAAGACACUGGGGAAACCAUGAACGCAUUGCAAAUAAAACACUCUACAUAUGGAUCAACGAUAAAGGAGAAACAAUAAAUAGAAGAACAUAUAAAGAAAUAAAUGCUAAUGCUUCUCACAUCGCUCACAAGCUUUUAACAAACAAUAGGCCAAAUAUCAACCCUGGAGAUAGAGUUCUUCUAGUGUACAUACCUGGCCUAGAAUUCCUUGAUGCCUUUUUCGGUUGCCUGAGAGCAAGAGUCAUACCAGUACCUGCUAUUCCCCCUGAUCCAUCACAAACAGGAGGCCAAUCACUUCUUCAUAUUGAAAACAUUGCUACAAGAACAAAAGCAGUUGCAAUACUUUCAACUUUUAACUACCAUGUGUUUGUUAAAGCAAAUUCUGCAAAAAACAAGAUUAUGUUAACUAGGACAACAAAGAACUUACCUUCCUGGCCUAACCUCCCAUGGAUACAUACAGAUUCUUGGAUCAAGAACUUCAAAGGUGGUGAUGACAUCAGCUACGAUGAUAUAUUAGUGCAAGAAAGUAAGAUUCUUCCAAAAGAUUUAUGCUUUCUUCAGUUCACAUCUGGGUCAACUGGUGAUGCGAAAGGGGUCAUGAUUACACAUGGAGGUCUUGUUCAUAAUGUGAAGUUGAUGCGUAAGGUAUACAUGAGUACUUCAAAGAUUAUUGGUGUAAGUUGGUUACCUCAGUAUCAUGACAUGGGACUUAUUGGUGGGAUUCUAACAUGUACACUGAGUGGUGGAUCAUGUAUACUCUUUUCUCCUAUAGCUUUUAUAAAAAACCCGUUGUUGUGGCUGCAAACCAUGAGCAAGUUUCGGGCUACUCAUAGUGCUGGCCCUAAUUUUGCUUUUGAGCUUUUGAUAAGAAGAUUGGUGUCCAAGAAGGAAAAGAUCAUGAAACUUGAUCUUUCUUCCAUGGUUUUUCUCAUGGUGGCUGCUGAACCUAUAAGAUCCAAAACCCUAAAACGGUUUAUUGAGUUGACUCAGGGGUUUGGGCUCUCUCAAGAAGUGAUGGCUCCUGGUUAUGGCAUGGCUGAGAACUCGGUUUACAUUAGUUGUGCAUUUGGAGAUGGAGAACCGAUUUUUCAAGAUUGGCAAGGAAGGAUUUGUUGUGGGUAUGUGAAAACGAAUGAUGCUGACAUGGACAUUAGAAUAGUUAAUCCUGAGACAGGUGAAGAACACAAAGAAAAUGGAAAAGAAGGGGAGAUUUGGGUGAGUAGUUUAAGUGCGGGUGUUGGGUAUUGGGCAAUGGAGGAGCUGAGCCAGAAGACUUUCACCAACCAACUUCAAGGGCAAUUUGGGAAAAUGUACAUUCGGAGUGGCGAUUUAGGAAGGAUUAUUGAUGGGAAGUUGUUCAUCACAGGGAGGAUAAAGGAUCUGAUUAUUGUUUCUGGAAGGAAUAUAUACUCUUCAGAUAUUGAAAAGACGGUUGAGUCCUCGUCUGAGUUUAUACGCCCUGGUUGUUGUGCAGUUGUAGGUGUUCCUGAAGAGAUAUUAUUAGCUAAAGGGGUAAUGAUACCUGAAAAUUCAGACAUGGGGUUAGUUGUAAUUUCAGAGGUUAAAGGGAAUGUGGUUCCAAAUGAAGAGGUAAUGGACCACAUUCAUUCCUGUGUGGCAGAAGAACAUGGGAUUACAAUUUCUUCGAUUGUUUUUAUAAAAGAAAAAAGCAUUUGUAAGACAACAUCAGGGAAGAUCAAGAGGUUUGAAUGUCUAAAACAGUUUAUUGAGGGGAAGUUGCAAGUAAUCAAAGUAUACACACAGAAACAAUCUUUGAUUCAGUCUAUUACCCCGAAAGUGAUUAAAGAAGAUGUCUCUGUUAUAUCUAAGAAAGAAAUUGUUAACUUUUUGAAGAAACUUCUUUCAGUUCAAACAGGAAUUCAAACCGGAAACAUCUCUGUGACAAAAAGUCUUGUAAGCUAUGGGAUUGAUUCGAUUGGAGUUGUUAGAGCUGCUCAAAAGCUUUCUUCUUUUAUUGGGAUUCCAGUGGGGGCGAUUGAUAUCUUCACAGCCACCUGCAUUGAUGACCUGGCAGAUUUUGCAGAAAAUCUUGUUAGAAAAUCUUAUGUUGAGUCAUCAAGUCCUUCAUCCAAUCUUGACAAGAAGACAUAUUCUGUCAAAACAUCAAUCAAACCGACUUUUAUACGUAAGUUUGUUAUUUGGGUAUUGCAUCUUUUUGGUCUUGUAUACCUCUUGUUCUUGUUAACAAUUCCUAUCUACCUUUCAGUUUCUUCUUUCACCAUUUUAAUCUACAAAACCUCGUUUUUCAAUUUCUUAAUAUCUUUAACUUUUGCCCCUCUUGUUUGGAUGUUCUACAUUCUUUCCUCUUGUUUGACUAUCGCCUUAUUCGGGAACUCAUUUCUUCAACCUAAUUAUGGUCAAACCCCUGAUACAUCCCUUUGGUCAAUCAACUUUGUGAAAUGGUGGACAUUAUACAAAGCCCAAGAUAUUGUGUCUAGAAAUCUGGCUGUGUAUUUGAAAGGUACGGUGUUUUGCAACCUCUGGUUUAAGAUUCUUGGAGCAAAGAUUGGAUCAUCUGUGUUGCUUGACACCAUUGAUAUCACGGACCCGUAUUUAGUCACCAUUGAAGAAGGAGCAGUGAUUGCAGAAGGAGCUUUGAUACAAAGCCAUGAGUUCAAAAAUGGUGUGUUGAGUUUACAGCCAAUCAAAAUUGGGGAAAACUCAUGUGUUGGUCCUUAUGCUGUGAUUCAAAAAGGCAGCAUUGUAGAAGAUGGGAUUAUGAUUCCUGCCUUGCAAACAGUCAAAGGUGGUCAACGUGAAUUUAAGGUUUCCAAGAUUCCUAUACUUGAAAAGGGUAUUAACUUACAAGAGGUCAAACAUGAGCCUUUUUACCACAUUUUUGGGAUUUACAUGGUUGGUGUUGUAAGCUCUCUAUCUGCAGCCAUUUGUUACAUAAUCUACCUUUGGGUAUCUCAAAAGCCUCAAUCUUUACAACACUUCAGCUUUCUUUGCUUAUGUGCAUCUGUUCACUGGCUUCCUUUCAAUGUUCUUGCAUAUGUCAUCAUCUUCAAAGACAUUCCUACAAACCCAUUAGCUUUUUCCUUCACCAUUGCAAUAGCAUACCUCUCUCAUGGCAUCAUCCUCACUUUCCUUACUUCCAUCUUGCUUCAUAUACUCUCAAAAUCAAAACAUAAAAACCAUUUCAUCAUGUGGUUUUGCAAUCGUCUAUCCACUUCCUGCCAUUUAAAAUUCGCAAAAUUCCUUUCUGGGACAGAAGCAUUCUGUGUUUACUUUCGUCUUUUAGGAGCAAAGAUCGGUCAUCAUUGCUCUAUAAGAGCAAUCAACCCGAUUCCAAUUCCAGAGUUUGUGUCAAUCGGUGAUGGCGUCCAUUUAGGCGAUUUUAGUCGGAUUGUCCCUGGGGUUUACACCUCAAAAGGGUAUUUAUACGGAAAUGUGAAGAUACAAGAGAACUCAGUAAUCGGGUCCCAAGGUGUUGUCCUACCUGGUGCUGUUAUUGAGCCCAAUGUCAUUCUCGGUGCUCUUUCAAUUGCUCCCAUGAAUUCCAUCCUCAAAACAGGCGGUGUUUUUGUUGGAUCUCAAACUCCGAUCAUGGUUAAAAACAUGACUCAUGUUUUAGAUGACAGAAUCGAAGAAAUGGACAAAAAGUACAAAAAAGUCCUUGGAAAUCUUGCUGCAAACUUAGCUGCUGCCACCCUUAAAGUGAAAGCAAGAUACUUUCAUCGAAUCGGUGCAUGUGGAAAGGGAACUCUAAAGCUCUAUGGAAACAUUCCUGGAUUCCCUGACCACAAUAUUUUCUCCCCCGGAAUCAACUAUUCCGUCAUUCUCCGGCAUAGCAAUUGCUUAAGUUCAGAUGACGAUGCCAGGCUUGAUCCACGUGGUGCAGCAAUAAGAAUACUUUCAAAUAAUGAACACUCUCCACUUCUUGAUUUGACAUUAAAGACUGGUAAAGCGUUCCAUGCACGUACCAUUGGUGACUUUGCUUCAUGGUUGGUGUGUGGGGCACAGGCACGUGAAGAGCAUGUGAAACAUGCUCCUCAUGUAAGGGAUGCAAUGUGGGAUUCCAUUAGAAAAGCCGAUUCCUAUGCCGACCUCCAUUACUAUUCAAACAUUUGCAGGUUGUUUAGGUUCAAAGAUGGAAAGGAAAUGUACGUGAAGUUUAAGUUAAGACCUUUUGAUAAAGCAAUAAAUGAAGAUUCCGGAAAAGUGGACCCCACAGGCAUACUUCCUCCUGAAACCGGUGCAAUCCCACGAGACGAAAAUGACAAACGCCCGCUUCUUUUUCUAGAAGAUGAUUUUAGUCGUCGAGUGAAUUCUGAAAAAGUUCGGUAUGUUCUUCAAUUUCAAUUUCGUGAAGUGCCAAAUGACGAAAAUGGACGUGAGGUUGCGCUUGAUUGUACAAAGCCAUGGGACGAAAAGGAAUACCCUUACGUGGAAAUCGGAGAGAUAACUAUCGACAAAAUACUCACAAAAGAAGAAUCUGAAAAGUUGGAGUUUAAUCCGUUUCUAAGAUGUCAUGAAGUUGAUGUUAUCCGUGCCACGUCAUGCUCCCAGAGUGCUUCCAUGGAUCAUGGAAGAUCGGUUGUUUACUCAAUCUGCCAACAUUUACGCAACAACAAACCGCUUUCGGAAGCUUGGAGAAGCUUCUUGGAUCAAUCUGAUGUAAAAGUCGAUCUCACCGGUUGUCCAAUGGGAAAUGUGAUGGUAAAAAAGGAAGCUGAAAAGGUGACACUCACAAGAUCAUGGUACAAGACCUUAUGGAUGUUGACCGGUCAACCCAUACUUCAAAUCUUCAUCCCCUACUUUCUAAUGGGGUUGAUCAUCUUCACUCCACUUAGUGUAACUUUUUUCUUGAAAGGGAAACAUGGUCUACAGUUAUAUUGGAUGCUACCAUUUUUGUGGGCCGUUUCCGGGGUUUUAUCUGGAUUAAUGUGUGUUGUAAUGAAGUGGUUUCUUGUGGGGAAGAAGAAAGAAGGGGAAAGUGUGAUGAUUUGGAGUAAAGGAGUGUAUAUGGACACAGUAUGGCAGGCGAUUAGGACAUUGGUUGGGGAGUAUUUCAUGGAAAUGACUGGUGGUUCGUUUAUGUUUGGGAUAUGGAUGAAGUUGAUGGGUUCAGAAGUGGCUUGGGAUGAAGGGAUUUAUGUGGAUGGGAUGGGUGCUGUGUUGAACCCUGAGAUGGUGAGUAUUGAAAGGUAUGGAUCUGUGGGGAGAGAAAGUUUGUUGUUUGGACAUAUAUAUGAAGGUGAAGGGGGUAAAGUGAAAUUUGGGAAGAUUAAGGUUAAAGAAGGUGGUUUUGUGGGGAGUCGAGGUGUGGUUAUGCCUGGAGUGAUUGUGGAAAAAGAAGGAAGUCUUGCUGCCCUUUCGGUUGCUAUGAAAGGAGAGACUGUUAAGUAAAAACGAUAUGGUAUGAAUAUGAUUGUUGUUUUUUUGAUAUUUCUUAUUUGUGAUGUGUAUUGUAUAUUGUGUUAUAAGGUCGGUUUCUGUUGUGUUAUCUUGUAAUUUACUUUUCUCAAUUUUCUGGAGUAUACCUUUUUUUUGUGGCGAUCUUACUACAUUACUUGAUAUAAGUGGAUAAUUUAACUAUUAG